CAAGUAAGUGUGUACGAACGCCAUGGGAAGCAUGCAUAAUUCUUGAAAUUUUAAUUCUGAAUACAAAUACUGAAUUCUAGAACUGAACUCACGACUUGGCUUGCCUCAGAGUGCACUGUGUAGCACUUACUGGGUGGAGAAACACUGCCCUGUGACUAAAGCUGAAAUGGCAAACCUUGCAAAUCUAGGCACAAGACCAAAGGCUUGGUUAGCCACCUGAGCGUAACAACAGAAAGGGACCCGCUACAGUCAUGUUCUCGAGAAGCACAUUCAAAAGCCCAGAUGCGGCUGACAUUACCCCACACAAAAGGUCCAAGAAGAAGACGUCCUUGGGCAAAAAGAGGUCUCCACGUCCGAAAGUUACUUUGGCUCUGAGGAACAAACUCCAGAAGUUCCUCCAAGGGUCUGGGGAGCCGUCAGACCAGGAUUACAGCCUCUCGUCUGUGGAGAUCGAAACAGACAUGUUUGUCUGCGGCAUCAAGAGGGACUCUUCCAGCACCGAUGUUUCAGUCCUCCGGCUGCCCAAUGGCCAAGGCUAUGCUUUAAACCCAAGUGUUGCAUGCGUGGGGGAGGUGGAACUGAAUCAAGAAGGUAACAUCAAAAUCCCUUGCACCGUGCAAGCCAAUGGUCCAAAACUGGAGCCAGUUACAACUGAAGCAAUUCAAUCUGAUUGUCUUACGGAAGAAGGGCUUAGGGAUAGCAUUUCAGGAGAUGGUAUGAGCCCCACCAGCGAUGCCGAGACACUUGUCUUUCCACAGCAAUCGAUUUUGAAAGGGGGGGAGGAGGAAGAGGAGGAGGAGGAAGAGACAAGCGACAUCAUUGAGCACAUCCUGAAAGAGCUCAGGGGGAUUAAUCGGAUCCAAGCGGAACUCUCGGACCUCCGGCAGUAUCUGACGUCUGUCCGGGGUUCAGUAGAGGAGGUCUCCUGCUGUGUGGACUCUGUCCUGAGCGAAAUUGAGGGCUUACGGUCGGGGACUGGACCCGCUCUCACCCCAAGACCCAACGACAACAGUGGCUGCACAAGAGAGAAAGCAGAAGCAGCGCCAGAAGAGCUGAUAUGCAGCCUUUUGUCAGAGUAUCACUGCUGGGACAAGGAGGGCCAGGCUGUAGAAAGGGGAAAUAACCACCCUUUAAGACUUGAACCUACCUGCCAAGCAGGUGCCCUCCCCGAUACUAUGACGCAUGAGGCAGAUGAGUGCCAGGACAAUUCUGACCACAGCUCAGACUUGCCCCCCGCUUCAGCAUGCCGGCUUUACGGCUCUCUAGCGCGGCAGGACGGGCAGGACUAUCCAAGCACAAGCUCUCUGUCUUCAGGCCGGAGCUUCAAGUCAGAUGAAUUUGAUUUGGAAGAAUGCAACAUUUUUAAUUCCAACCAGGAUGCCGGCCACGAAUCGGAGACCAACCGCUGGGCUGACCUGGGCUUCAGGCACAGUAGGAGCUUUCAUGGUGAAGCUGGAUGGAGUGAGGAGGUAGGCUACUUUUGCCAGAAUGACUUAGAAGCCAAAGAACACCUUAGUGAGCCAUACAAAUGCUGGGAUGGCAGGGGGGGAACUAGCAGCACCCCAGCUCAGUCUUCAGGGAGUAGCUCUGAGCACUUGUCCUUAUUGUUUGGCCAUCAGUACCCCUCUCAUUCUCGCUCUCUUUCCCCAAGCUUGUCCGGUGAUUGGAGAGCUUGUGGGCAUGAUCCAGACAUGCCCAGUGGACAAGCAGGGAACUCCAACCUUGGCAAUGAAUGUACAAUGGAAGGCCCAUUCUCCAUGGGUGUUGAUUAUCACCUCGCAGAGGGUUACAAAGGUGACAUGGAAAGUGUGCCCUCUGUUAGCCUUAGCCACAAUUCGAACACUGACUGCGCUGACUAUUAUCAAGAAGGCCACUCGUCAGACUAUUCUGCUGGACCGGGGAUAUUGGAAGAUGGAAGAGCAGGGAAUGUAGAAGAUUGGCCCACAGGACUUGAGGAGAUCUCUUACCUCCUGAACCAUGCAGGUCGCUGUCAGCGGACUGAGGGAGUUCUCCCGCUCCCCAGUCUGGAACCUGAGAGCACUGAGCUCCUCAACAUGGGAUUCAAUGUGAAGAGGAUUGGGAAAGCUGUCCAAAACUUUAAGGCAGCUUUAACAGGGGCUUUUAAAAAACGAGAGGGAACCAGCCUUUCCCACCUGAAUGAACACAAUGGAGAUGGUGCUUUCCUCAUUAGUCCAGACAAUUGCCUAGUUGAGAAACCUUGGAUGGGAAAUGGCCACCAGAAUGAGGCCAUCUCAACUUCCUUCCUUGAGGUGCCUCAAGAGGAACCGUAUAACAACACCUCUUCCCCGGACACUGAUCUCCCUAAGCUUGAGACUCAAGAGAACCUGCUUUCCAUCAACACACCUUCAGACCUCCACGAUUCACCCCAAACCCCCCUCUCCCACUGCACCACUGCCGAAUCCUGUUCUGAACAGACCGUCCAGGAGUAUCCCGCGGCUGUGGAAUUACCCCAGGAGGAGGAGUCCUCAAAUUCAGAAUGUGCCCGCAAGCUCAGUACCGAGAAGGUGGAAUACUUGCGCCAGGACACUGUCUACCUGAACAAGUGCCUCAACAACUUCCAGAGCGUCCUGAAGGAGAAGAGACAGAUCCACAGGAAGAUGCUGAGGGAUAUAGCAGGAUACACGUAUACCUGCUCCGAGGAAGAGUUCAAUGCAGAAGGCAGUAGAGAAGAUGAUCAGGGUCGAGAUGAUGGGGAUCCUUCAAAUCCUUCCUGGAGUAAAGGAGGGCAGGGCGGAGGCCUCUUUGGCAUUGACAGCAUGCCAGACCUGCGCAAGAAGAAGCCAAUUCCACUUGUUAGCGAUCUGUCCCUGGUUCAGUCGAGGAAGGCGGGAAUCACCUCGGCGCUUGCGACGCGGACGUCCCUUAAGGAUGAGGAGCUGAAGAACCAUGUUUACAAGAAGACCCUGCAGGCCCUCAUCUACCCCAUCUCCUGCACGACGCCCCACAACUUCGAGGUGUGGACCGCCACCACGCCCACCUACUGCUACGAGUGCGAGGGGCUGCUGUGGGGCAUCGCCAGGCAGGGCAUGCGCUGCUCCGAGUGCGGGGUCAAGUGCCACGAGAAGUGCCAGGACCUGCUCAACGCAGACUGUCUGCAGCGCGCAGCGGAGAAGAGCUCCAAGCACGGAGCGGAGGACCGCACGCAGAACAUCAUCAUGGCCAUGAAGGACCGCAUGAAGAUCCGUGAGCGCAACAAGCCAGAGAUCUUCGACCUCAUCAGAGACAUCUUUGUCAUCUCCAAGAUGGCGCACGCACAGCAGAUGAAGACCAUCAAGCAGAGCGUGCUCGAUGGCACCUCCAAGUGGUCAGCCAAGAUCACCAUCAACGUGGUGUGUGCACAGGGUCUGCAAGCCAAGGACAAGACGGGCUCCAGCGACCCCUACGUGACCGCGCAGGUGGGCAAGACCAAGAAGAGAACCAAGACCAUCUACGGGAACCUCAACCCUGUCUGGGAGGAGAAGUUCCACUUUGAGUGCCACAACUCCUCUGACCGCAUCAAGGUACGCGUGUGGGACGAGGACGAUGACAUCAAGUCCCGGGUGAAGCAGCGGCUGAAACGAGAGUCCGACGACUUCCUUGGGCAGACCAUCAUCGAGGUGCGGACCCUGAGCGGGGAGAUGGACGUCUGGUACAACCUGGAGAAGAGAACAGACAAGUCUGCCGUGUCAGGAGCAAUCCGGCUGCAGAUCAGCGUGGAGAUCAAAGGAGAGGAGAAGGUGGCACCGUACCACAUCCAGUACACCUGCCUGCACGAGAACGAGUUCCACUAUCUGGUGGACGUGCAGGGCAGUGGGAUGGUGAAGAUCCCCGACGCCAAGGGAGACGAUGCCUGGAAGGUCUACUUCGACGAGGUGGCUCAGGAGAUUGUGGACGAGUUCGCCAUGCGCUAUGGGAUAGAGUCCAUCUACCAAGCCAUGACCCACUUUGCCUGCCUGUCGUCGAAGUACAUGUGCCCGGGCGUGCCAGCGGUCAUGAGCACCCUGCUUGCCAACAUCAACGCCUACUACGCUCACACCACCGCCUCCACCAACGUGUCUGCCUCUGACCGCUUCUCCGCCUCCAACUUCGGGAAAGAGCGGUUUGUUAAGCUACUCGACCAGCUUCACAAUUCCCUGCGCAUCGACCUCUCCAUGUACCGAAACAACUUCCCAGCCAGCAGCCCGGACAGACUGCAAGAUCUGAAAUCCACGGUGGAUCUGCUCACCAGCAUCACUUUCUUCAGAAUGAAGGUGCAGGAGCUGCAGAGCCCCCCCAGGGCCAGCCAGGUGGUGAAGGACUGUGUGAAGGCCUGCCUGAACUCCACCUACGAGUACAUCUUCAACAACUGCCAGGAGCUGUACAGCCGCGAGUACCAGACUGACCCGAAUAAGAAGGACGUGCCCCCAGAAGAGCAGGGGCCGAGCAUCAAGAACCUGGAUUUCUGGCCCAAACUCAUCACCCUCAUAGUGUCCAUCAUUGAGGAGGACAAGAACUCCUACACCCUCGUCCUAAACCAAUUCCCCCAGGAGCUCAAUGUAGGGAAGAUCAGUGCGGAGGUGAUGUGGAACCUCUUUGCCCAGGACAUGAUGUAUGCAAUGGAAGAGCAUGAGAAGCACAGGCUGUGCAAGAGUGCAGACUACAUGAACCUGCACUUCAAGGUGAAGUGGCUCUACAACGAGUAUGUGCGAGACCUGCCUGCACUCAAGGGGAGCGUCCCAGAGUACCCUGCGUGGUUUGAGCAGUUUGUGUUGCAGUGGCUGGAUGAGAACGAGGACGUGUCUAUGGAGUUCAUGCAUGGCGCCCUAGAGAGGGAUAAGAAGGACGGGUUCCAGCAGACAUCUGAGCAUGCGCUGUUCUCCUGCUCGGUGGUGGACGUGUUCACUCAGCUCAACCAGAGCUUCGAGAUUAUCAAGAAGCUGGAGUGUCCCGACCCGGUCAUCGUGGGCCACUAUAACAGGAGGUUCGCCAAGACCAUCGGCAAGGUGCUGCUGCAGUACGCCGACAUCGUCUCCAAGAACUUUGAGUCUUACUGCUCCAAAGAGAAACUGCCCUGCAUUCUGAUGAACAACAUCCAGCAGCUCCGGGUCCAGCUGGAGAAGAUGUUUGAGGCCAUGGGAGCCAAGCAGCUGGACGCGGAGGCCAGCGAUACCCUGAAUGAGCUACAGGUGAAGCUGAACAACGUGCUUGACGAGCUGAGCACUGUCUUUGGGAACAGUUUCCAGCCCAAGAUUGAGGACUGUUUCAAGCAGAUGGGUGAUAUCCUGUGCCAGGUGAAGGGCACCGGUAACGUGCCAGCCAACGCCCAGAACACCCUGGCAGCAGAUGCAGACAACGUGCUAAGGCCACUCAUGGACUUCCUAGAUGGAAACCUGAUGCUGUUUGCCAAGGUCUGUGAGAAGACGGUGCUGAAGAGAGUCCUGAAGGACCUGUGGAGGAUCGUCAUGAACACCAUGGAGAAAUCCAUCGUCCUGCCUCCUCUCACAGACACCUCGGGCACGCAGUUGAUUUUCACAGCAGCGAAGGAGUUGGGACACCUGUCCAAGCUGAAGGAUCACAUGGUGCGGGAGGAAGCAAGAAGCCUUACCCCCAAGCAGUGUGCCAUCCUGGAUCUGGCCUUGGAUACGAUAAAGCAAUACUUCCAUGCGGGAGGGAACGGGCUGAAGAAGACGUUCCUGGAGAAGAGCCCGGAGCUGCAGUCUCUGCGCUACGCCCUGUCCCUCUACACCCAGACCACAGACACCCUCAUCAAGACCUUCGUGCAGACGCAGACCGCGCAGGUGCAUGAUGGGAAGGGUAUUAGGGUUACCGCUCACGAGGAUGUCCGUCCUGAUAAGGGCUCCGGAGUGGACGACCCAGUCGGAGAAGUGUCAGUACAGGUCGAUCUGUUCACACACCCGGGCACUGGAGAGCACAAGGCGACUGUGAAAGUUGUGGCAGCGAAUGAUCUGAAGUGGCAGACCUCAGGAAUGUUCCGACCCUUCGUGGAGGCAACGAUGAUCGGACCCCACCUGAGCGACAAGAAACGCAAGUUUACCACCAAGUCCAAAAACAACAACUGGGCCCCCAAAUACAACGAGACCUUUCACUUUAUCCUGGGGAACGAGGAUGGGCCGGACUGUUACGAGCUGCAGGUGUGUGUAAAGGACUACUGCUUUGCACGGGAGGACCGCGUGCUGGGGAUCUCCGUGAUGCAGCUGCGGGACAUCGCAGACAAGGGCAGCUGUGCAUGCUGGUGUCCGCUGGGGCGCAGAGUGCACAUGGACGAGACGGGACUGACAGUGCUGCGAAUCCUCUCGCAGCGCACCAACGACGAGGUCGCACGCGAGUUCGUCAAGCUCAAGUCAGAGUCGCGCUCAGCCGAGGAGGGAAGCUGAGGAGGGGACGCCACUGCUGCUCAGCCGGCGGCGGCGUCGUCUUCUCCAUCUCUGGACUACACUGUUAAUCUGUAUUGAGAAGGACGGGCUCUUCACUUCACAACAGGGAUUUCAUGAACACUUUGACACGUUUCACCCGGAACCUCUUCUGUUACGUCUCUCUGCUGUGGUCUCUCUUGAUUUGUGAAGUGUCUGGGUGUGUACGAUUUUAUCCACAGUUGUGCAAGAGAUUCGGGUUUGAAUUACUAUGCUUGUCAUUUUCAAUUUAUUAUUAGUGUUAUUAUUGUUAUUAUUGAUACUUCUACUACUAGUAGUACUAUCAUAGUCGAUAGUUUGAAUAUGUUUUAAACUAAUAGGUAUAAUGAACAGCCAAAUGAAGAAUUGUCAGGCAGAUUUUGGAUCUGAACUGAAGGCACUUGUAUAUGUGGUUUACAGGUUUAGCUGUGGUAGUCUGAGCUCUAAUCUGAUAGUUUAGCAAUUACCUGGAGAGAAGAUAUGUUCUUUGUACUGUUAAUUGUUGCGAGUUGAUAUAGAAAUAGUAAAUUAUAUUGCUUGUAAUUCCCUUGACAAAUGCAUUCAUAGUGUCCUGCUCACUCUGUGGGGUGAUUUUAACAUGAUUCUGGAAGGCGCUUUAUAAAACUGUACUAUUAAUAUGUGUAUAUCAAUCUGUUUUCUUUCAGACUGCCUUCCUUAAUCACCUCAGCUUGCUCAACAGAGAGAGAUAAUUGGACAUGAUGCAUAAAUUAGGAAGUUGGCAAUUUCAGAGUUACAGUUCAUACUGCAAUUGAAAAUUUGCUGUUAUUUAUUGAAUGCCUUGUUUUAGGAAUUGAGCCAUUUGUUUAGGGCUGUUCAAGUCAUGUUCUAGAUGUUCUGAUCCAAUCAUCAGAGACCAUGGCACUUUUUUUUGCAAACGUGAAAGUCUCUCUUCUGAAAUUGCCUCUUUUCAAAAGUUGCAUUGUCCCUGCUCUGGCGUUGUCUCUUUAUAAAAUAAAACUAAAAAACACAAUUGUUUUUACAGAUAAUGCAGACAUACUGUACCCUUACCUUAACCAAAAAAAAAAAGUUUAAUAAAUACUUUGCAAGGGACCAGGUGGACAAUUAUCACAUCUGCCAAUAUUCUGUGAACAGGACCAAACUGAAAGUGAUCAGCAUUGCGGUGAUGUGGUAUCUUAUCACACAUGCCAUACUGCUGCUCUUUCGUCUUCACUUCUGCCAAGAGCAAAAAGAGAGUGCAACUUUCACAUUCCCUUUUUUGUUGUUGUUGAUGUUGUUAAUGCUGCGUCCCUCUUCAAAAGCUAGUCUGAUAAAAUCUCUGAGCAUUGGUGUCAAAGGCUGGGACCAGAGAAGACUAAAGUUUCUAAAGCCACGAGUGUGACGGUUGCUUUGAUUUGCACACAGAGAUCGACCAUCACAAGCAAGAUCCAUUAUUAACCGGACGGGGGUAACUGAUUUAUCCUUCUGACGGCUUACAAGAAAACAAGUUUCCCUCAAACAGUAUUCUUUUAUAUGUGACACCAGUUACUUAUAAACCACACCAUGAAAGUAUUCUGUUUGACACCUAUGGCUCAGAGAACCUGAUAGGGAGGAAAAUUACAGGAACAUUAUUUAAACAGUUGUAGCAACACGUGGGGGCGUAUAACGCUAUAUCACACCCCGCUACUUACUCUUUAAAGCCACGGCCCAUUCGUUAUACAAGCAACAACAGUAGUGUCCAGUGAUCACAUGGAAUCAUGGGUGUUGUAGUUCAAUAACAGACCGGUGUGAAGGAAAGACCUACAACACCCAGCAUUCUACAACAGGGGUAUUAAAACAGAAUCCCGUGCAGUACAUUCCAAGUUCCUCCAGCUAGUUCCACAUCUGUCACUCAAUCAAGCUCAAAUUUGUAUACUGGUGUUACAUAUGUAAAUUAUAUACAGAGAGAUAUAUUAAAAGCAAUA